AUGGCGAACAAUACCUUCGAGUCCCUAGGGGCACUUCAACAGCUCGAAACUGACCAGGGUGAUCUGAAGAAACAGCUCGCGAUUAUUCGCAUCAGUGAACCCAUCUCCGACGUUGUUGAUGCAAAGUUCUCUCCCUCAAAGCGAGGCUCCGAUGUCUCAUUGUCCAAUCUGAAUGAUCCGACUCCAGCUUCUCUAGAGGCUGAUCUCACACACUACAAGGUUCUAGAGCCCGAACUCUUCUCCAAACUACGAUUCUCCUACGUCGAGCAGGUUACAAAAGAGAAAUUCCUCCGAGCGAUCGUGGGCGAUCCACCCCUCGUGGUCGGUCACAACGAGAAUGUGGAAUUGGAGACACAGCUGGCGGAAGUGAAAGCAGAGCUGAAGGCGAGUAAAGAAGAAGCGCGCUUGAUGAUUGAGGAGAUGGAGAAAAUGGGCCGAAAUUUGGCGAGCCGUUACAAGAACGUCGAGGUGCAAAUGGAACAACUGUCGACUCUCCCAGAUGCCAUCGAGAACCUCGAGGGGACCAUUGCAGCACUACGCGCGAAACAGGUCGCUGGAAUGGAUACCUCGGAUCCACGCUCAUCCCAGAACCUCCCUCUUCCUGCGACUUUGAGCCUCUUGGCUGAGCGAGAGGCGGAAUUGGCGGCGCUCAACCGACAGAUCGCUGCUUGUACAGUGCUCGAGCGACGCAAGAUUGAGGCGGUUGCACAAGCUCGUGAGGCACAGCGGAAGAAGCAGGAGGGAGAGAGCGACGGCCUCGAAGAGAUGGGUCGGUGGUACCGAGGCGCCGAAGAGACCUUGAAGGAAAUGGUAGGCGUAGAGGGAUGA